AUUAUAUUUCAUUGGUUCACUUCAAUAAUUUAUCCAAUUUUCAUCAAUCACUUUACGCUUUUAACAGAAAUUGUAAUCUGAGAUUGGUGGAAAUUUUCAGAACGUAGAAAUACUCGCUGUUCUGUGAUUUGCAGAUUUCUAUCACUAUAUACAUUGACACUUGUGCAUUGUUUACAUCGGAACUGUCAAAAUGAAAGGCGUUGCGGGCAAUUUUCAGAGAGGGAACAAAGAGUUCUCGCUGUUCUGAGUUUAGCUUUUGUCUCGAUAAUUCGACCUUGCAGAUGAAAAGAAAAGUGGACGAAAGACAAGAAGGUACAGCAGUUUCGAGUGCAUCUUCAUCGUAUCAAGUGUAAUCGUCAGAUUUGUUGGGAUACACAAUGUCAGGGAAGCCUUCUUCCCUGACAAUAAUGAACUCGAACAAAGGAGAGCCGGAAACAAGAUUUUCACAAAAAGAUGCUUCUGCGAGUGAAUAUAGUAUUUCGAGUAUUGCCUCGACAGUCUCAGUCACACAAGAUGAAAAUUUUCGAGUCCCUAAACAUGCAGAAAAUAGUCUUAAAAUUAUGGAAGAAUACCUGCAAAAACAACAACUCACCGAUGUUACUCUCAUUGCUGGUGGAAAGCGUUUUCCAGCACAUCGUCUGGUUCUCAGUGCUGGCUCUGAAUAUUUUGCAGCAAUGUUUACCAGUUCGAUGAGAGAAUCUGCUCGUACUGAAAUAGAAUUAAAAGGAGUAGACGGCGAUGCUCUUUGGGCAUUAGUCCGAUAUUGUUAUACUGGUUGUAUAGAAUUGAGGGAAGAUAGUGUUGAAACUCUUUUGGCAACAGCUUGUUUAUUGCAACUGAAUCCAGUAGUUGAAGCCUGUUGUCAAUUCCUCAUAAAACAACUUCAUCCUAGCAAUUGUCUGGGUAUAAGAGUUUUUGCAGAGACUCAGGGAUGUGCGAAUCUUUUAAGUGUCGCUCAUGCUUACACGACUGAACAUUUUAUGGAAGUCAUGAGGAAUCAGGAAUUCCUCAUGUUGUCUGCCACUGAAGUAGCAAAAUUAUUUGAGUCUGAUGAUCUGAACGUCCCUUCGGAGGAGACAAUCUUUCAUGCUCUGAUGACAUGGUUGGAUCACGAUCACGAAAAUAGGCGAAAGGAUGCUAGUAAAUUAUUAGCUUUAGUCAAAUUACCACUUCUGUCGCCUGCUUUCAUAGCCGAUUAUAUAGAAAGUAAUGAAGUAUUCAGAGACCAGAGAUCGGCUCAAGAUCUGGUAAUGGAAGCUUUAAAGUACCACCUUUUGCCAGAAAGAAGACCUUUACUUCAGUCGGGAAGAACUAGACCCAGAAAGGCAACCGUAGGAUUAUUGUUGGCUGUCGGAGGGAUGGAUGCAAAUAAAGGUGCUACGACUAUAGAUUCAUUUUCGUUGCGCGAUAACUCCUGGAGAUGCUUAGCAAGUAUGGGAGGAAGGCGCCUUCAAUUUGGCGCUGCAAUUAUAGAUAAAAAAUUAAUUGUUGCUGGUGGGAGAGAUGGGCUGAAAACUUUGAACUCUGUAGAAUGCUUCGAUUUUGCUUCUCAGACUUGGAGUGUUUUGCCCCCGAUGACUAUUCAUAGACAUGGACUUGGAGUAGCUGUCUUGGGUGGACCUCUUUACGCAGUUGGUGGACAUGAUGGAUGGAGUUUUCUUCCAACUGUGGAACGGUGGGAUCCAACAACUCGUCAGUGGAGUUACGUUUCUCAAAUGUCGUCUUCACGAUCAACAGUUGGUGUAGCAGUACUAAACGAAAAACUCUACGCAGUUGGAGGAAGAGACAACAGUUCCUGUUUAAGCACAGUCGAGUGUUAUGAUCCCCACACAAAUAAAUGGACAGCUUGCGCUCCAAUGUCGAAAAGAAGAGGAGGUGUCGGUGUGGGUGUUGUAAAUGGAUAUCUUUACGCACUAGGAGGUCAUGAUGCGCCAGCAACUAAUCCCAAUGCCAGCAGAUUUGACUGCGUUGAAAGGUAUGAUCCUAAAACUGAUACGUGGACAAUGGUUGCACCAAUGAGCGUUGCUCGAGAUGCAGUUGGAGUUUGUGUCCUGGGUGAUCGACUUUUGGCUGUGGGGGGCUACGAUGGUCAGCAAUAUUUAACACUUGUUGAAGCUUACGAUCCCCACCUCAACGAAUGGCAUCCAGUCGCAUCUCUCAAAACAGGUCGCGCAGGUCCGUGUGUCGUUAUAAAAAACGAAGUAUAACAUUUUUAAGUCGCCAUAACCGGUGAAAUUUCAGACGAGAAUAAUUUCACUCUGCAAAUUUUUGGAUAUCGAGACGACUUGGAAUAAUUUUAAUAAAACGUUUCACAUACAUGAUAUUCAAUUACCACUAAGCGGCUUUUAUACAUUUUUUUUAUAUUUAUGUAAUCUCCAGUGAAAAAUUGUCGGUACAAUCUGAAGCAUAAUUAUUUAAGUUUUGUGAGACUUGUAGUAUUGAAUUCGUAUUAUUAUUUAUAUAAGUUUUGUUUCAUGCGAAAAAUUAGUAUGAUUAGAAAAAAAAAUGGAGUCCAAAAGCAUGAUUUCGUGAUGUAGUAAGUAGGAGGACGUUUUUUUUCUAGAAAAGCUUUAUUAUAUUUAAAACUAGAUAAUUUAUUUUAAAUAAUUUUCGAUUUUGCGAUGACAUUGUUCGUGGUGAAUAAUCCGGCAACUUGUAGAAUCGCCGAAUAGUUAAUUGACUAUGCUAAAAUUACUAUUUUAAAAUUGUACGUCUUUAUACUACUAUAUAAGAAAAUAUAUUAAAAGUUUUUUUACUCUCGAUA